AUGCUGACGGAGAAACAGACACAGACAGGUAUGCUGGUUGAGAGACAGAGACAGACAGGUAUGCUGACUGAGAGACAGGGACUGACAGGCAUGCUGACGGAGAAACAGAGACAGAAAGUCAUGCUGGCUGAGAGACAGAGACAGACAGGUAUGCUGGCUGAGAGACAGACAGGCAUGCUGGCUGAGAGACAGAGACAGACAGGUAUGCUGGCUGAGAGACAGAGACAGACAGGUAUCCUGGCUGAGAGACAGAGACAGACGGGUACGCUGGCUGAGAGACAGGGACAGACAGGCAUGAUGACGGAGAGACAGAGACAGAGAGUCAUGCUGGCUGAGAGACAGAGACAGACAGGUAUGCUGGCUCAGAGACAGACAGGCAUGCUGGCUGAGAGACAGAGACAGACAGGUAUGCUGGCUGAUAGACAGAGACAGACAGGUAUCCUGGCUGAGAGACAGAGACAGACGGGUACGCUGGCUGAGAGACAGGGACAGACGGGUACGCUGGCUGAGAGACGGAGACAGACAGGUAUGCUGGCAGAGAGACAGAGACAGACAGGUAUGCUGGCUGAGAGACAGAGACAGACAGGUAUGCUGGCUGAGAGACAGAGACAGACAGGUAUGCUGGCUGAGAGACAGAGACAGACAGGUAUGCUGGCUGAGGAGAGACAGAGAAGACAGACAGACAGCCAUGCUGACGGAGAGACAUAG